AUGAAAUUACUUUCUGUAACCUCGGUGGGCGACUUUAGUCCUCUGGACUCAUCGUCCAUCCCUUCUAGUGCUUUGUAUUCUAAUACUUCAAUGGCAGAAGUGGAAUAUGUGGCUCAUGUAGUCGUUAUGCCUAUUGUACUUACGAUUGGAAUGAUCAAUCAGUGCUUGAACGUUUGUACCCUACUGCAGUUACCAUCUGGAGGAUUUCUGUAUCUCAAAGCUUCUGCUAUUGCUGAUAUACUAUCCAUAAUAUCGUUUAUCCCGUUUUUGUUACGUCAUGCCGAUCUCAUUAAUACGAGAUCUAGAGUUGAAAUGUUGUAUCAUGCUCAUUUAGAGUUGCCAAUUAUCAAUGCUCUUAUAGCAGCUAGUGCAUUCUGCAUAGUCGCUAUGACUGUCGAUCGUUAUUUAUCUAUUUGCCAUCCUAUACAGUUUUUCAAUACUUCGGACAGUAAACGAAGAACUAAAAAAGUAAUUGCCAUGCUAUAUUUCCUGGCUUUUCUGAUAUAUGUUCCUUCGAUAUGUCAGAAAGAAUUAGUUCCGUCAAAGGAUGAAUCUCUGAGAUUGCAUUUUGAGAUUGUUAGAAAUCAUGACGUGGAGGAUGGUUUACCUUUUCAGGUUUAUUUGCUCUUUAGAGAGCUGGCUUCACGCUGGGGCCCCGUAGUUUUAUUAGUUAUACUAAACGCUGCAAUGAUACGUUCCUUACACCAAUUGGAGAAGAAACAGUUACGACGUUCCUUAAAAGCUCGUCAGGGUAGAAAUAGUCGGGAAGAUCGAAGUAGGAUAUCAGCGCUACUUCUGGUGACAUCAACAACUUUUGUGCUUUGCAAUCUUCCUGCAUCUUUUCUGUCCCUGUUUGUUCGUAGAGCUGAAGAUAAUGAUCUUUUCUGGCAAACAUUCAAAGCUACCAGUAAUUUAUUACAAGUAACAAGCUAUCUUUACAAUUUUUAUUUAUAUGCUCUAUGUUCAUCGGAAUAUAGAGAAGCCUUUCUCGGUCUCAUAGGUUGCCGAAGACAAACUUCCCCUAUAACUACUGGAGAUAGUCCUACUGUGCGACUAAGCACAAACAUUCCUAAGAAAAUGCCAUUAUUAUUGAUGGAAAACGGACAUCACGGUGGUGAUCAUAAUAACAGUCUAAUCCUUUGA